CACCAUGGCUCAGCCCAAGGGCACGGUGGUCCUUGCCUACAGCGGGGGCCUCGACACCUCCUGCAUCCUGGUGUGGCUGAAGGAGCAGGGCUACGACGUCAUCGCCUACCUGGCCAACAUCGGGCAGAAGGAAGAUUUUGAAGCAGCACGAAAGAAAGCGCUGGCGUUGGGGGCCAAGAAGGUUUACAUCGAGGACAUCAGCAGGGAGUUCGUGGAGGAGUUCAUCUGGCCGGCGGUGCAGGCCGGCGCUCUCUACGAGGACCGGUACCUGCUGGGCACCGCGCUGGCACGGCCCUGCAUCGCCCGCAAGCUGGUGGAGAUCGCCCAGAGGGAGGGAGCCCAGUACGUCGCCCAUGGGGCCACCGGCAAGGGCAACGACCAGGUUCGGUUUGAGCUCACCUGCUACGCCCUGUGUCCUAAGAUCAAGGUCGUUGCGCCAUGGAGGCUGCCCGAGUUUUACCAGCGCUUCCCCGGGCGCCGCGAGCUGAUGGACUACGCCAAGAAACAUGGGAUCCCGGUGCCCGUGACGCCCCAGACGCCCUGGAGCAUGGAUGAAAACCUUAUGCACAUCAGCUACGAAGCCGGGAUCCUGGAGAACCCCAAGAAUCAGGCCCCUGCCGGGCUCUACACGAAGACUCGCGAUCCGGCCACCUCUCCCGACACCCCGGAUGUGCUGGAGAUCGACUUUGAGCGGGGUGUCCCCGUGAAGGUCACCAACGCCAGGGACGGAGCCACUCGUUGCUCGGCCCUGGAGCUCUUCGUGUACCUGAACGACAUCGCGGGCAAGCACGGCGUUGGGCGCAUCGACAUCGUGGAGAACCGCUUCGUCGGGAUGAAGUCCAGAGGUAUCUAUGAGACCCCAGCGGGAACGAUCCUAUACCAUGCGCAUUUAGAUAUCGAGGCCUUCACCAUGGACCGGGAAGUACGGAAAAUCAAGCAGGGGCUCGCCUUGAAAUUCUCCGAGCUGGUGUACAACGGCUUCUGGCACAGCCCUGAGUGUGAGUUCCUCCGGGAGUGCAUCGGGCGCUCGCAGGAGGCGGUGGUGGGCACCGUGCACCUCUCCGUCUUCAAGGGCCAGGUCUACAUCCUGGGCAGGGAGUCACCGCGGUCGCUGUACAACGAGGAGCUGGUGAGCAUGAACGUGCAGGGGGACUACGAGCCUGCCGAUGCCACCGGCUUCAUCAACAUCAACUCACUGAGGCUGAAGGAAUAUCAUCGUCUCCAGAGCAAGGUCACCGUAAAGCAGGAUGAAUAGCAAUCAAUCGCACGCGAGCCUCCCGCUCCCCUUUCUAAUUUCUCUAAGAACUAGCAACUAAUUGUGGUGGUAAUUUGUAAUUGUAACUCGUCUCCCUGGAGUCACGGCAGAGGUGAUGGCUUUGUUACGGGGCGGCAAGUG